AAAAUUAAUAAUAAUGGAUGAAGAGAGAAACUCCCCGUUUUUCCCCCUCCGCGCUCAAACCCGCUCCACCUCCGGCUCUGCUCUCCGGACUGCGCCCCCCCCGCCCCGCAGCAGGACAAUCGGACGGACGGACCGACGGACGGUCAGCGCAGGCAGGGAGGGCAGGAGGGGCUCUGGGGGUCAGCGCUGGGCGCCCCCUGCCCGCGCCCUGCCGGGCCCCCUCGGCUGUUUGGGGAUUCUUUGUUUCCCGUGCCGGGCGGACGCCGAGGGUGCUGCGGCGCAGGGACCCCUCCGGGCUCCGGCAGCGUCACCGGCGCGCCUCGGAGACGCCACCAGCGCCAGGUGAGUGCCAGCGGUGUCCGCACCCCGCCCGGCUCCCCGGGGGAUGUGCUGGGGGCUCCGUGCCCUGCUGGGGUCUCUGCCCCACCUGCACCCCUCUGGGUGUCCCCCACCCCGCUCGGGCUCUGAGCAGCUGCCCCGGGUGUUGCCCCACCCAGCAUCAACCUGGGGACCCUGGGGGCUCCAAAGUCUGGGGGUGGCUGGAGCGCGGGCUGGGGGCGCAGGACCCUGGGUGUGCUAGAGCUGAGGGGGUGUGGGGUGCCCCAGACCCCCGUGGGGGGAGCAGGAGCCGAGACCCCCGGAUUUCUGGGUGCCGGAUAAGAACGAGCAGGACUCCGGACUGCUGGGUGUGGGUGGGAAGGACUCCAGAUCCCAGGAACAUGGGUGCCACACUGGGGGGUACAGGACCCCAGACCCCUGGGGGUAUUUGAGUACCAAAUUGGGGGUACAGGACCCCAACCCCUGAGUGUUUGGGUGCCACAUUGGGGGGACAGGACCCCAACCCCUGAGUGUUUGGGUGCCACAUUGGGGGGACAGGACCCCAACCCCUGAGUGUUUGGGUGCCACAUUGGGGGGACAGGACCCCAACCCCUGAGUGUUUGGGUGCCACAUUGGGGGGACAGGACCCCAACCCCUGAGUGUUUGGGUGCCACAUUGGGGGGACAGGACCCCAACCCCUGAGUGUUUGGGUGCCACAUUGGGGGGACAGGACCCCAACCCCUGAGUGUUUGGGUGCCACAUUGGGGGGACAGGACCCCAACCCCUGAGUGUUUGGGUACCAGAUUGGGGGGACAGAACCCCAGACCCCUGAGUGUUUGGGUGCCACAUUGGGGGGACAGGACCCCAACCCCUGAGUGUUUGGGUGCCACAUUGGGGGGACAGGACCCCAACCCCUGAGUGUUUGGGUGCCACAUUGGGGGGACAGGACCCCAACCCCUGAGUGUUUGGGUGCCAGAACCCGCUCCGUGGGUGCUGGGGGUGGGCAGACUCCCCACGGGGGGACCCUCCCUCACUGCUCUCUCCCUCUCCCGCAGCCCCAGCGCCCCCAGCCCUGCGCCCUCCGCCCCAGCGGCCGCCGGAGCAGAGAGGAGAGGAGGGGCAGGGAGAGGAGGAGAGAAGGGGGCAGCUCCGGAGGAGACCCCGGCCCCGCCGC